UGUAAUACCAAACUAUUGAAAGCACCAAAGAAAGCAAGUCCAACAAUAACUUGUAAUAAAAGUUGAGCCAAUUAGCGAGUAUUUCUAAAAAAUUAUAUAAAUAUUUGCAAAUAUGGGCAAUAAUAUUGAUAUUAGAGGUAUGAGAUCAGUAAGCCUCCUACUUCAUCAAGAGAUCCACGUACAAACGGCAAAAACUUUUGGUGACCAAAAUUGCAAAACUACGACUGGUGUUUUCAUGACUGGCAGUACAUCUGGUGCGCCUGGGAAGGUUGGCAUAUUUGCCGAAUUGAAAAAGGAACGCGCCAAUUGGUCAGUGACGUUAUUGAGAGUUAUCAAAUUUGCCACUAUUCUAUCUUUAGAGUUUGGUUGGGAGUUAUUCAAUGAUGGCACACACUUGUUGAGAUUGGAAUCAAGAACUUCGUUCGUAAAACCCGACGAUCGCACGAAAUUAAUUCGUAAAAGUUGUGGUGUUACUUAUAAGCAUGCGCAUGGUUAUAACGUCGAUUUGGCCUUCUCUAAAGUAGGGUCAUUCAAUGCUUACAGCCUUGAUGCACAAGCAAAAGCUAGUAUCUGGAGCUCAGCUGAUAAUACCAACACUUUGCAUUUAACUGGCAGUGCGAUGUACCAUGUGGAUGGGCCGCUUGCAGGCAAAAAAAGAUUCUCUGGCGGCUUAAAAUUUACUCAUCACUUUUAGAUUAACAAAUUUAGGAGAGUAGGAGUUAGUGACUUUAUGUUUAGAAAUUUGUUGUAUAUUUUAAUUUUUUUAUAAAAUGUACAAACAGAUUUAUUACUUAGGUCUGUUAAUACA